AUGCCCUGUUCCCUAGGGUUAACCAGUACAUUACCUGACCCAUUGACCUCAACAGUUAACACAAGAGAGCUUGGGGAUUUGCAGCAGCGGCUGGCUUUCUUCGUGUCAAGCGUUUUCAGUUAUCUUGGUGUUAGGGAGCUGGUAAGGUGUACACAAGUUUGUCAUUUCUGGAAGGUGGUUGCACAGACAAGUUCUCUCUGGAGCAAGAUUAACUUUUCCCCAGUAAGAAAACGUAUUCAAGACAAUGACGUCGCAAAUAUUCUGCGGAGCUACCGCACUUUUGUUAUCCAUUUGAACCUUCGUGCAUGCAACAACAUCGGCUGGGCAACCUUUAAAACCAUCAGUGACUGUCGAAAUCUGCAGGACCUAAACCUAACUGAAUGUACAAGUUUAACCGAUGAAUUUGUGUCUAUGGUGGUGGAAAUGUGUACUUCACUUCUGUACCUGAACCUGGCUUACACUGCGAUUAGUGAUCGUACACUAAGAUCAUUAUCAAAGUUUGGAUUGAAUCUACAGUAUCUGAGCUUAGCCUACUCAAAGAAAUUCACAAAUAAAGGUUUGAAUUACCUUGCCACAGGGAAGGGCUGCCACAAGCUCGUCUACCUGGACAUUUCAGGUUGUACUCAGAUCUCAGUGAGAAGCUUUAGGUCGUUGGGAAUUGGCUGCAAUGAAAUUCAACACCUUGUAAUCAACGACAUGGCAACUCUUACGAACAGCUGCAUCACAGCCUUGGUUUCUUACAAUUACAACCUCCUUACAAUUUCGUUCCUUGCUUCUCCUCACAUAUCUGAUGUAGCUAUUAAAGCUCUUGUCCGUGGGAAGAGGAUUGUCAAAGUUAAAAUUGAAGGUAAUAAACAUAUCGGUGAUGCAUCUUUCAAAACCAUCAGCAAAACUUGCCCAAACUUGAAUCAUAUCUAUGUGUCUGACUGCCCGAGGAUUACAGAUAAUUGCUUGAAAUCCAUAUCAACUCUGAAAAAUGUCACUGUGUUGAAUGUUUCAGACUGCAUAAGUAUCACUGAUGUGGGCAUAAGAUGCUUCAUGGAUGGACCUUCAGCUUCAAAGCUCAGAGAACUUAAUUUGAGCAACUGCAUCUAUAUUACUGAUUUAUCAUUGCUGAAAAUUAUACAGAGGUGCCAGAGUUUAACACAUCUGAGACUGCGUUACUGUGGACGUUUAACUGAUAGUGGGAUUGAAUGGUUAGGAAACUUAUCUUCUCUGACCACCAUUGACCUAACAGGAACCAACAUACAAGAGCAGGGUUUAGAAGGUCUUGCUCACAACAGGAGGAUAAGGGAGUUCACAGUAGCAGAGUGCUCAGGGGUCAUUGAUAUUGGAUUACAGAAAUUCUAUAAUAAGAUGUACGAUCUGGAAUACUUGGAGCUCUCCCAUUGCCUCUCAGUGUCUGAUCUGAGUACAAAGACAUUGGCCUUCUGUUGCAGAAGGCUCAUUUCGCUGAACAUCGCUGGAUGCCCAAAGAUUACUGAUUUAAGCAUCCAGUAUCUGGCAGGAGUGUGCCAUUAUAUCUACUUCUUGGAUAUUUCGGGUUGUGUCAAUCUUACUGAUUUGAUACUUACAUUCCUAAAAAAAGGCUGCAAAAAGCUACGAAUUCUCAAGAUGCUGUACUGCACAAAUAUCACCAAGUAAGUAGAAGCUGUCAAAGCAGUAACCAAUAUUCAGCAUUUGGAAUACAAUGACGAAAAUCCACCUCUAUGGUUUGGAUAUGAUAAUAAAGGGAAUGAGUUCAUCAUCAACAAGGACGAAGAUGAAAAGGCAGAAUAUGCUUAA